GUGAACUUGAGAAAGAUCUGAUGUGCCUAUAAACGCUAAACCGGUUCCAGGAUUUGUAAGUUCACGCCGCCGUUGCUUGCCUCUUACCAGACAACAAGCACAUCUCGCAAUGCCUCUCCUCCCGCCUAUCAACUUCCCGCGCUGGCUCGACGAAAACCAGCACCUACUCAAGCCUCCUGUGAACAACUUCUGCCUAUACCGGCAGAAGGACUUCACGGUGAUGGCUGUAGGCGGCCCAAACGAGAGAAAUGAUUACCAUGUGAACGAGACCGAAGAAUGGUUCUAUCAGUACAAGGGUGGUAUGCUGCUUAGAGUGGUAGACGGGGAUGAGUUCAAGGAUAUCAGGAUCGAAGAAGGAGAGAUGUUUUUACUGCCUGCGAACACACCCCACAACCCAGUCCGCUUCGCCGACACAAUUGGAAUUGUAAUCGAAGCUGCUCGUCCGGAUGCAUCUCACGACUCCCUGCAAUGGUACUGUCGUGAUCCUUCUCAUACCAAGCCAACUAUCAUUCACAAGGAGACUUUCCACGUCACUGACCUCGGGACGCAACUGAAGCCCGUUAUCCAGCGUUGGAUGACGACGGAGGAAUUGAGGAAGUGUAAGGAGUGCGGCAAUGUCGCUCCUGCGAAGUAAAUUAUCUUUGUAUCGGGAUACUACGUAUGACAAGCAAGUUAGCACCUGGCCCGAGCACAAAACCCGUGAGGCUUUUGACUCUGAGGGCUGGGUUGCGAUCCAGGGCAACGACAACAAGUGCUAGUGAAG